AUGUUAAAACCGAAACCGAAUCUUCGCGAUCUCGAACUACCGAGCCUUCCUCCGCAAAGUCCCAGUUCAUUUAAAAGAUCCACUGACUCCGGAAUUAUACAACACGACCAGCUUUCAAGAAAGAACUUGAAAUCAGUUCUCCAUUUGAUCACACAAGAGCUAAAGAAGAGAGGGACCAAGACGCCACAUAUUUUCCUUCCAUUUAGAUCGAAAAUCAAAGAUUCCAAAUUGAAUGAAUUGCUACUACAGCUUGCUCCGCGAGGAGAAUUAAUUCAAGACAUUACAAUAUGCAAACAAAUAUGCCUGGCGACAGAUGAGUUUACCCUUAUGUGUUGCCUUAAAUACUUUUGGGCGAGAUUACCAAAUAGCGAAAUUAUCGGAUACGAAGUGUAUUGUGAAUUCAAAAGGAAAGAGGCUGAGCUGAAUUAUCCCAAGAAUGCCUUUUUAACUAUCAUGCCCAAAUGUUUAUCCUCCCCGGCUCAUGCGUCCAUCGUUUAUGACUUUCUUGACUUGAUUUUGAGCAUUACAUCUAAUACUCAGUACAAUCAUUUAAGCGGACGAAAAAUCAGUAAAAUGGCAGGUCUCUGGGCAUUCAAUCCGCAGAGAAGCACCAGCACGUCUAUCUUUUCAGAUGAUAGCAUUGAAAUGGAGCACGACUUUGUUGAAGGUGUCAACAGCUGGAAGACAACAACUGACGCGAUGUUUCACUUGGUGUUGGCGUUUUUGCGAGCAAUGUUGCCAGAAAACAGUGCUGAAACAUUAAAGUUGCCCAAAACGCUUCAGAGCUUGCUUGUUACUUCUCAAUACCCCCCAUCUUCUGAACGAGAAAGUGCAAAGAGUAUCAGCAUACCUUGUGUAUGUGUUACUACUACGAAACCAUCAUCCACUGCAUACGACUUGAUUAGCAAAGUACGGCAUAGCUUGACAUUUGAUAAGAAGGACAUGUUUUCAAAGGAGAAUUACACCAUUUUGAGAAAUGUGUUUGAAAAGAAAAGUACGAGUGAGAUUGUUGAUGCAUUCACAGACGAGUCAAAAAGGAUUAUUGAUAGAAUCACUGACGAUGAAGUGGAGAAUUUGUUCAACUUAAAGCCUGGAUGGGCCUCGCCAAUUAUUAGUCACAAACUCUCCAAAGAUGAUGUGCCAUUGAUCACACGCAUCCUGGUCAAAGAUGUGUCGAUACAAGAUUACUACAUUUGGGCUUGGUUGUCCUCUCUUGCUAGUGACCAGCCACCGCAAAUCAAGCAAACGUUUGGCAGAACGAUUGUUGUGGAGGUUGAGGUUUUGGGUUUCCAAAAAUGGAUAGUCGUCACAGAAAAAACCAUGAGUGAUGAAACAUACUCUCGUGAAUGCAAGUUAUUGCAAAAGGAGAGGAUGCGUAAAAAGGAUGAAAGCACCCCAUUGCCCCCAUUACCUAGGAAGAGCACAUCUCCUCCGAUUAAGAAAAAGCUGACGCCAUUGCCUCCAGUACCAACUGAAUUGCCUCCAGAUAAAGAACAGAGUGUGAGCCAGUGGGAUGCAUCGCCGGAGCCGGUAUUACCACAGGAACUCAUUGACGUUUAUGAACAGUUUGAACAGCUGUUUGGUGAUGAAGAUGUUGUCUAUCCCAACUCGGUUGAUGCAGGAGAGUUGAUGCGCCAAGAGCAAAUGAGUAGAUCCAAUGAUGCUGACGCUGAUAUGAGUGAUGUUUCGUCGAGGUUUACUAAAGUAACAGUGGGGGAUAUGUAUGCUCCCAAUAAGAGUGCAACACCAUCUCGAAAAGCGCCGCCAUCUGAAUUUAAUGCGGAGAUAUCACCAAGGUCUAGUCCUGCAGAGAAAAACUCUUUCAGUGGUACCGUUCCAGGACAGUAUGAGGCUCCGGAGAGAGUUCAUCCAGAUGAAGAGAUUCAGAUACCAGAGCGACAUCAUCCAGAAGAGGAGGUACAUAUGCCAGAGAAACUUGAUCAAGUACAAGCUAAUGGAUCAGGUGUUGAAGUCCCUACUUAUCAAGUAAAGAGUAUGCUAAUCGAUUCCAAUGAUGCGCUUGUUAAAGAGAAGAAGCGAAAGAAGAAGGAAAGGAAGAUGCAAAAACAGGCAGAGGCUGCCCAACUUGCAGCAGCUCAAGCCGCAGGGUUUACAAAUGCUGUCCUACCCCUUAAUCUCCCUCCUCCUGAUAUGGGUUCGUGGGAUUCAUUACUAUCACCAGGACUUAAUAAUUCAAAUGAUCAAUUUCAAGAGCGGUUGACGCCAUUACUUCCAAACAAAGACAAGUUUUUGAAAAGUGUUGAUUCUCCCGGCGGAGCAGAGAUGAAUAAACCGUUGCCUGAAGUCGCCAAUGGGCAAACUGUUCAUGGGGAUCGCCAUGAUGUUGUAUUGUCCAAUGAUGUGGAUAGUUCGAUACCAAUGGAAACAGUCCAUAGAGAAUAUCAUAUAGACAAUUCUCCUAGGUUGGGUAUAUCUCCACAAGCAUACGAUAUGGCACCAGAGGCACCUACUGUAAAUGAGUCACCAAUGUAUGAAGAUCCUCGCAUCCAAGUUGACUCCCCACAAACGAUAUCAUCAAAGGAAUUUCAUGAAACCAACAGAAGAAGGAGCCCCCCAAGGCAAACCACUCCAUAUAUGGUUCCUAGCCCCCACAAUGACAACCCAGUCAUGUUGCCGGUGGAUGGAAAGAAGGAGUUGUAUGGUUCUGAGCUUAUUCUGACUCCCAAUAAUGUACACAACAUGCACAGCGGCUCCAAUGAUGUUGCGAUGUCGGACAUGGCACAUAAGAGCAGGCUAAGUCCUAUGGUAAAGCAACAGCCGAAGAUUACUUCGCCACCAAUCUCACUGCAUCUGACGAGACUGGAGUCGCCAAUGCCGCACGAUCAGAGUGGUGAUAUUAAUAUGCAGCAGACAAGACAUUAUGAGUCGGGGAGGUCACCUAGAGCUUCGAAUAUGAAUCAGCAGCCUAUGAAACCACCAAUCCAACCACCAAUCCAGUCACCAAUCCAGUCACCAAUGCAACAACCCAUGCAACAACCCAUGCCACAACCCAUGCCACAACCCAUGCCACAACCCAUGCAACAACCCAUGCAACAAUCCAUGCAACAACCCAUGCAACAACCCAUGCAACAACCCAUGCAACAAUCCAUGCAACAACCCAUGCAACAACCCAUGCAACAACCCAUGCAACAACCCAUGCAACAAUCCAUGCAACAACCCAUGCAACAACCCAUGCAACAACCCAUGCAGCAUCCAGUAUACCCACAGACGAUGCCGCAGCAAAUGCAUUCACCCAUGUCGCACUCUAUGUACCAGCAGCAUAUGCAACCCCAAGUGCUGCCACAAAUGCAAUACUACCAACAACCUAUGCAUCAAACAUAUGCACCUUCUGGAUUUCAACCUCAAUAUCAACCACACCCGCAACAUCGUGCUAUGCAACCUGCUCCUGGCCGUCUUCACCAACCUCCGCAAGGUGGACCAAGCUAUAAUUCCCCCAGUGGUAUGGUAGCACCUGCGUCGAUGAAUAUGGUUCCUGUUGGUGUAAAACAUAACAAGAACAAGACUACCAAUAAAGCAAAUUUACGUCAUGCAUUAAUAGAUGGGAAUUAUGGAAUCUAG